CAGAGAUCUAGAGAGCGAGAGAGAGAGAGAGAGAGAGAGAGAGAGAGGAGGAAAAAAAAGGGGCACAGCGUCUCGGCUCGCACCGCCAUACUGUCUUUUUGAGCCGUAUCGCAUUUUUUUUAAUCGCAACAUUUUUACUCCCGGCUCGGAGGGCAAGUGGAGGAGAAUGACUGGUAAACUCCAGACGAGCAACGUGACCAACAAGAAUGACCCGCGCUCCCUCAACUCCAGAGUCUUUAUUGGCAACCUCAACACGGCCAUCGUCAAGAAGACCGACAUAGAGGUCCUCUUCGCCAAGUACGGCAAGAUAGUGGGCUGUUCCGUGCACAAGGGCUACGCCUUCGUACAGUACGUGAACGAGAGGAACGCCCGGGCAGCUGUGGCGGGAGAAAAUGCCCGCGUCAUCGCUGGACAGCCUCUUGACAUAAACAUGGCGGGUGAGCCGAAGCCUUACAGGCCCAAACCAGGCUCCAAGCGGCCGCUCUCAGCCGUGUACAGUGGCUAUGAAUUUGAUUACGAGUACUACAGGGACGAUUUCUACAGCAGGCUUUUCGACUACCACGGCAGAGUGGCCCCCCCACCCAGAGCCGUGAUCCCCCUCAAGCGCUCCAGGGUGCUCGCCCCGUCCUCCCGCCGCGGGAAGACCUCCUUCCCCAUCAAGACGUCCUCCUCUUCCUCCUCUUCCUCCUCCAGACCCCCCACGUCAUCCUCCACCGGGCUCAAACCAGUGAAGACGGACCAGCUUCAGACUAUCAAGCGGGAGCUGACCCAGAUCAAGAUGAAGAUCGAUUCCUUACUGGGACGUCUGGAGAAGAUCGAGAAGCAGCAGAGAGUCGAGUCUGAGUCGCAGAGAAAGUACGAGGACAACUGCGACUCGCUGCACGAGGAGUCGGUGUCGGAGGCGGCGGAGAACUCCGGGGAGGAGGCCGGGGAGGGGCCGCUGGACGUGGAGGCGGGAGAGAUGACCGAUGGAGGUGAGGACGACUACGACGAGGAGGGCAGCCACCAUCUGAUAGAGAACCACGUAUCGGAUAUUGACAACUGAGAUCAGGGUGAGGAAAGCGGACGCCUCUGCCGGGCGGGAUUUACAAUUCAUCAUCACCUUCGAGAGACACAAAAGGAUCUCUGGGGGGGGAAAUCGAGACGCCCAUUCUGGACUGUAAGUUGUUGUGUUCCAAGAGACGCGGAAUCCCAUUUAGAUCGCCCCGAAUUUGCAGCACAAACCGAAUGUGAUUUUUUUUUUUUUGAAAACGUGAUAUUUCCAUGCGAGAGGCCGUCGGUGUCACGAUCACGUUCCUGAAAGAAAAGAGAAAAAAAUAAUAAAACAAACGUGAAGGAAAUGAAGGGACUAGUUUGGAUUUAUUGUUUUGAGUUAUGUUGCGAUGGGGCGGGGGGGGCGGGGGGGGGGAACAUUGAUGUUGUUGCUUUUAAUGAAAAUGUGUUUGCGCUGUGAACUUUUUUUCCAAUUCAUUUUCUAUUAUUGCUCAAAAAAAAGUCAAGUGAAUAGAUGACAGUCAGAACAACGUGCGGCCGCGGUCAGAAAUAUUACGAAAAAAACAUGGUAGCAACCUCUCGGUGGAGCUAGAAUCCCUACAUACAUACAAGUUGUGAGCGUGACUUUUCCCUGCUUCAUCCAUUUAUCACACAAAUGCCCCGUUCCAUCGUACAUUCCAACUCCUGCCAAAGUUUCCAAAGCAGACGGGGCUUCCUGUGGUAGAGAGCCAACGCUGGCUCGGGCCUCCUGCCAGGGAGCGUUGCCCCGGAGUCUCAGUGUCUCCUCCCGCGAUUCAGAUCAGAAAAAUAUGGAAUAAUAAUACAAAACAGAAGAUGCCCAUGAAAGUCUAUAAAAAUAUUAUAGUUGAGUACAAACUGUGAGCAGAUAGAGCUGAACUGGCACUUGGAGGAUUUUUUUUUUUUGCUGCUUUUCACCAACAUUGAUGUACUGUACAUGAUUUCCGCCCAGCUCAUAUUUGGCAUAGUUACCUUCGCUCUUUGCUUCGGCUGAGCAAAUAUAAUUAACCCGAUUAUAAAUAAAUUGCUGCAAAUUGAAUUAUAUGUCACCGGUGAUUUGGGUGCCAGAGUGUUCCACUGUUAAUUAUUCACAUCGUGUUUGCUCCCCCCCCCCCUUUUGUUUUGUUGCAUUAAGAUGUGACCGUUAGGAUGUUAGGAACUGAAGCUAAUAUAAACCAGGUGUUUCAACUGCUGCUGCUGAUGAUGAUGUUAUACUUCAUUAAUAUAAAAGCUUUCCAAACACUAUCAAACCAGUUUGAAUAGCCUGAAAGCUUUCAAAGAACAAAAGUUGUUGCUCUGUUAUUAACUCGGUGCAAUUUCAGCCUUGUGUUCGCUUCGUAGUUGAGGUUUAACAUUUGCAUUGUUACUACACUAAAAAGUAUAAUAUUUCAUGUUUUAUUUGCUGCAUAGGCUUCAAAACCUGUGAUCCCCCCAAAAGAGCUGUGGAUUAACCUUCAAUUUAAUGUAAAUUUCAAUUUCAUAUCAUUAAUCCCUACAUUCCCUAUUGUUGGAAGAAUGCUGCUGAACAUAUUUUGAAAAGUGCAACUAAGGCCAUACAUAAUGAAACACAUAUCGUACGUUGUUCCGGGACUUAUUCUCUUCAACUUCAACUCGACUCCUGGUCGAUUGGCCGCGCCGAAUAAUGAGAGAGCUGGAGCUAAUUUUCCUCGAUUGCCAUUUUCCAAAUAAGAAUGGUAAUUUCACUCGCUCGUUCAUUCAAUCCCCCCGUGUGGGAUGGACCGCAGACACAAACUUCAGGAAACUCUGCGCACAGCUCCGUUUUCCUUGCCAGUCGAAGCGAAACAGAACUCGCAUGUGUUAAUAUGCGGGACUUAAUUAGUCUCUGUACCCGGAUCUGACGUUGCCGCUGAUUUAUGCAUCGUCCCUGGCGAGGAAGCAUCGGUGGACAUUGAGGUCACAUGCUUCAUUAACGCUACGUGAUGAUAAGUCUUAUUUUCCAUUGGACUUUUUUUGCAAAAAUACUUUAGGGGUUCAGAAUUUCCGCUGCAAAAAUGAAACGUGUGCAUAAAAGCACGGAGGAUUGGAAACCCACCAGAAUGUCAAGGUCCGUCAGGCGACAUCAUCAUCAUCAUCAUCAUCAUCAUCAUCAUCAGCCCAGUUGAUGCUGCUCACAGUUGAACUACUGUAGCACACCUGGUCUACUCUAGCUGCACGCUCCUCCUCCUCCUCCAGACAGCAGAAGCCCUGGAGUGAUGGGUUGUUUCAUUUCCCUCUUGACCCUGAGACUCGGGGGCCACACCGGUGCCGGCGAGGUUAAAGGAAUUACCACUGUGGCGUUCGUGGCCUUGUGGACACUGGCAUCUGAAACAUUAGACAACAACAAAAAAAACUGUUAAUCUGGAUAAUCCACAAUUGCCUCCGUACACAUUUUUUUCCCCAAACGUAUUAUUAUUAAACCUUAAGAAAAUGGCUCACUUGAAAGCUGCAUUCACACGCCGGUGUAAAGAGCUUUGUUGUAAUGAAGUCUUGCGGUGAUCCCUUCACUCCAGUUUCUGUCGUGUCGUUUGCACAAAAGCUGCAGAGAGAAAAUGGUUUUAAAUCCUGUAAAAACUGGAUUUUCUUUUUUCCCCCACACAAUCUCGUGAACACACCAGUCGACCGUGGCUGCGCUGCCCCCCCCCCCC